CUUCAAGGUUAUACAGGAUUCAGGAACAGCUGACAAAAUGGCGUGUCGGCGAGCGCUACAAGCGCCCAGCCAUAGCCGACAGCUUUGCCUUAUUCGUUUUCUAAGGUUACUUAAAGACUCUUCACAAACUUUUAGAAGUUUUCACUCUAAUACAGCUUUAUCCAACAAGUGCCAGUUUGGUUUUUUAUUUGACAUUGAUGGUGUUAUUGUCAGAGGCAAGAAGCCACUACCAUUGGCCAAAGAUGCUUUUGAGCUUUUGACAGAAAAUAAAAAGUUCAAAGUUCCAACACUUUUCGUUACAAAUGCAGGCAAUGCUUUAAGGCAUCGGAAGGCCCAGCAGCUAACAGAAUGGCUGGGUAUAGAGGUGACAGAGGACCAGGUGGUCAUGUCUCACAGCCCUCUCAAGAUGUUUCGCCAGUUUCACGACAAGCAUGUCCUGGUGAAUGGACAGGGUCCAGUGAAGGAGAUCGCCCAGAACAUCGGAUUCACCCAUGUGACCACUGUUGAGGAACUCUCCCACAUGUUCCCAGAGCUGGAUAAGAUGGAUCAUCAACGCAGGAAACCUGCGAUUUGUGCUUUUGAGCAAUAUUUCCCAAGAUUAGAAGCUGUGAUUUUGUUUGGUGAGCCAGUGAGAUGGGAAACCCCCCUGCAGCUAAUUAUAGAUGUUUUGUUGACCAAUGGCAAGCCUUGUGAUGAUGUUCCUGAUAUACCCUACCCACAUAUACCAGUGCUGGCUUGCAACAUGGAUCUCUUGUGGAUGUCAGAGUACAAGGUUCCAAGGUUAGGCCAUGGAUGUUUCAUGAAUGCUUUAGAGGGGCUUUAUCAGAAAAUAACAGGGAAGGAAAUGAAGUACACAGCACUGAUAGGAAAACCCAGUGAAAUCACAUACCACCACGCUGACUAUCUGCUCACCCAACAGGCCAAGCUGCUGGGGGUGGAGAAUAUACGCAGGAUAUAUUGUAUAGGAGAUAACCCAGAGACUGAUAUAUAUGGUGGCAACCUGUACAACAGAUACCUACAGCGCAGGAGGAACAGCAGCAACGGACACACAGACUCUAAGAAACUGAGGGUAGCCUCACACAGGGCGGAUGCUGAGUUUCUAGAUGAGGACAGUGGGGAGGAGGACGAGGACGACACGCUGAUGUUUCAGCGAGACUCUGGGGCCAACGUGCGGGUCAUCAAGUCCCUGGAGGAGGACACCACGGGUGUGGUCAAGGCUUCAGCCUGUGAGAGUAUACUUGUGUGCACCGGGGUGUUCAAGAAGAGCAAUGACGCCAAUUCUUUUGCUAAUGCUAGGAUCAGCAACCAUAACCAUAGAGACUUUGUCAUUGACCCCUCCCUAACCCACCCCAACCAUGUAGUGCCCAAUGUCUUAGAGGCUGUCAAGUUGGUCUUUGAGAAAGAAAACUUUGCCUGAGCCCUGGAUCUGAUGCUGGAGGAUUUAUUCUCACACUAGCAGAUGAUAGAGCACCAGGUCUAGCUGGACCAACAUUGUCCUGCACACCUUUUAUUUUACAUGCAAGAAUUAGGCCCAGGUUUCAUGUGUAUAGUUUUGUAGUGCUGUAUAUUUAUUUUCUACUCAGCAAUCUCAACAUGUCUAGCAAGCAUACAGCACCCAGUCCCCACUUGUAACCUUGAAGUGUCCAUAGAACAUUUGCUAUUCUUGCACCAGCUAUUUUAGGAUCAGUAUCAGGCUGUCCACACUUUCAUAUAUUUGAGAUUUUUCUGUACAUUAUCAUGUCCAAGUAAACAGGAUCUAUUGCAUUUACAGUAGUCUAACAGGGAACCACUGAAGCUAGUUGUGUGGUCAGCUGCCACACUGAGGCUAGUUGUGUGGUCAGCUGUCACACACUGAGGCUAGUUGUGUGGUCAGCUGUCACACACUCUGGCUAGUUGUGUGGUCAGCUGUCACACACUGAGGCUAGUUGUGUGGUCAGCUGUCACACACUGAGGCUAGUUGUGUGGUCAGCUGUCACACACUGAGGCUAGUUGUGUGGUCAGCUGUCACACACUGAGGCUAGUUGUGUGGUCAGCUGUCACACACUGUGGCUAGUUGUGUGGUCAGCUGUCACACACUGAGGCUAGUUGUGUGGUCAGCUGUCACACACUGAGGCUAGUUGUGUGGUCAGCUGUCACACACUGAGGCUAGUUGUGUGGUCAGCUGUCACACACUGAGGCUAGUUGUGUGGUCAGCUGUCACACACUGAGGCUAGUUGUGUGGUCAGCUGCCACACUGAGGCUAGUUGUGUGGUCAGCUGUCACACACUGAGGCUACUUAUGUGGUCAGCUAUCACACUGAGGCUAGUUGUGUGGUCAGCUGUCACACUCUGGCUAGUUGUGUGGUCAGCUAUCACACACUGAGGCUAGUUGUGUGGUCAGCUGUCACACUCUGGCUAGUUGUGUGGUCAGCUAUCACACUGAGGCUAGUUGUGUGGUCAGCUAUCACACUGAGGCUAGUUGUGUGGUCAGCUGUCACACUCUGGCUAGUUGUGUGGUCAGCUGUCACACUCUGGCUAGUUGUGUGGUCAGCUGUCACACUCUGGCUAGUUGUGUGGUCAGCUAUCACACUGAGGCUAGUUGUGUGGUCAGCUAUGCUCCCACAGAAUAUGACUCAGGAGAAAAAUAAAACUUAUGGAUGUUGUAUAUUUUCCUAGACUAGGGUACACACAGUGUAUGAGCUUGUUUUAAUUAGCUAGGGUUGGUUGUUAAACUCAAUAAGUUUAGGUGAACUGAUAAUGUCAUGUCAUUACCUGUGUGCUGGCAUAUGUCAUUAGCUAUGUAUGCCAGCAUGUUGUGUCACUAGUGCUGUCAUGCCAACAAAUGUCACAAGAGAUGUGCCUAUUGGAAAAGCUACAUGUACAGCUACUAAUCAUUGCUGGCACAACCAAGUAAGAAACCAAAACAUACCUAAAAAGUUUUUAGAGAUUUUGUUAUUUUUUGUUUCACUGGUGUAAAGCAUCCGGCAGUAAAUCUAAAGCAGCCAGCAGUAAAUCUAUAGAAGACUUCAACAUGUGUCAAUGGUGCUGUUAUUUAAAACAUCCAUUUGAAGCCUUCCACAGAGAUUAGAGACAUGUAUUACAUUUAGUAGCAACAUAUACUCAAGUUAACUCUUUAAAGUUUAUUGUGCACUAUGUGCAUCAGUCUGUACAUACCUUGAACUUGACCUGUGAGCAUUAUUUUGAAGUGUCCAUUCAAAUGUAAAAACUUGUCAACAACUAGGCUGUUUGCUUACUUUAAUGAUCUUGUCAUGAAUCUAAUACUAGCGCCCAAUAUGGCUGCCAGUCAAAGAUCUGACUUGAUGAAAAAUGUUUUUAAAAUGUGAAUGGCAGCCACGCAAAUAUGGAAUGCAACAAUUUAAAUAAAAAAUUACGCUGUGCUA